AUGUACGAUCUCCCUCACGCAGCCAAAUGUUCAAUCAUGAACAUCUACUGCUACACGAAGAUCCUCUUCUACAGCCGAUUCCUCCCGGCUCCCAGGAGCGUUGUCCAGGAAAUCGAGGAUGCGGCCAUGCUCGCCAUUCACGGUCGAGCGUCGGAUGGUACUCAGCGACGUCCGAAGGUCUCCCGGUCGCGCCUCUGCACCCCUCUCGAUCACGGCGGCUUCGGUUUGAUUGAUCUGCCUCGGCGCCUAGCGAUCGAUCACGCCAAGUGGGUCUUCCAGCUCCGGGCCCCGGACGGCUGUUUCAUCGGCCACCUCUUCGACAUCCGCAUUCGCCUCCAGGCAGCGAACCAGCCUAACCCUUUCAUCUUGUCCAGACCGGCCCCCAACCAGCAUCGUCGUCCUUGGAUCUGGAUCUGGUGGGCAUACUUCUGCCAUCCUCCUCCAAAAUGGGACCAUGCGGUGAGAAAGACGAGGAAACUCCUUCCUCCUCGUUGGGUCCGCUACUUCGAAGCCUGGGCGUCGGUGACAACGCUCAAUCCCCCCGAACUUGUCCAAGAGCCACAAUCUCGAGCGAUGGGCAACGCACGUGCUCUUUUUCCCAGCAGGCCAUGAAAUUCAACUCUCGGUGAAUCCGACGCUGUUUCGAGGUCCCGAUGGCGAGGUGAUGACGCCGUCCUCGUUCGUCAACGCGUCCAAACGCCACCACGCCUUCCUCUACCCUUCCAUCCUCCCCAAGCGACACCAGGAGGUCUUCACUCUGCCGGAGCAACGAUGAAACGCAUGGUGGAAGGCCUUACGCAAGCUUCGCAGGGUUCACUCGGACGCCGAAGAUACCGUGCACCUCCUCUCUCUGGGAUCCCUCCAUCCAGGUCGCCAACUUGCAUCCUCAACCAGCCCCCACUCCAACAAUCGAUCCUUCUUCCGUGUAAUGUGCCUCUCGGAAGCCCCCGAGUGCCUGGUCCACCUCGCGGUGGGCUGCCCUUUUUGCCCAUCGUCUCUGGUCUGGUCUGUCCCCGACUCCACACCCCGUCUUCGUGGCCUUCGUGUGUCCAGCCGUGUCUCGCUCGGAUCGUCGACUUGUCGAACUACGAGUCCUCUUCUUCCACUCGAGCUGGCAGCUGCAGAAGGCCUCGUUUUGA